UCAUUGGAUUAUCAAGUUGGUCUAUGGCGUGUCUUGGUUUGAAUGGGCUUUUGAAACCUCAGGGCUUACUCCCAGUGACACACUUAGUCCAACAAGACCACACGUCUUAAUCCUUCCCCAAAGAGUUCCAACAACUAGGAGCUACAAGCAUUGAACAUCUCUGUGACACACUGUACACACGCCAAGGCAGAAGGAGAGCAGCUGGCAGCCCUGGCCAGUUCUAGAGGAAGCCUGUGUGGAGGAGGCUCAGGCUGGAGGUGUCCAGAAAGUGACCUCACUUUCCUCACAAUGGUCCAGAUGUAACCUGGCAUCAGGGUCACCAGGUAACCAGAGACUGGUAUAAGCCUCACAGUUGAGGCUGAGUCACUUGUCCUGAGACACUCAGCGAGUGAGGAUGUUUUCCUGCUUUAGGAAAUCUCAUGGCUUAGGCCGCAGAAAAGAUGGUCACCUUGGCCACCUUUGGGGACGUUUGGUGUGUCUUCUCACACACGUCUGGUCAUCUUCGACCAGGAAAAGCCCGGGUCAAGAGGACCUGGACCGCCUAUUUAAACCGCUGAAAUUUGACUACAAACAUCCAGACUUUGUAGGGAAACUCGUGUCCUACCUCCCGAAAGCUCUGAAAAAGAGGAAGUAUGACUUCCUCAGCGCUUUCCUUGCUGUCUAUCCUGUUUUUGCCUCCACCCGGGAGGUGCUGGAAUUGUUAACCAACGUGAUUCUAGACAUUCUACUUUUUCUGAUCCACUGGAUCCACAAAAUGCCAGAGGAUUUUCGGAUGGCUCCGGAGCAGGUGACCCUGAAGACCCUUGUGGACUUCUUGUGUUGGAACUUGCCUCUUAAGUUCUACCAAGUAGAGAUCCUGAAGCUCUUGUCAGAACUGGAGGCUAAGGAGUCCAAGGGAAUGCUUGAGGAUGGCGAGGAGGCCAGAAAUUGCAGGUUCUGCAGGGCAGAAAAAUUAUUAGCCCCGAUGCCAGAUGCCACAGAGGUGCUACAGAAGCUGCGCCCUACCCCACCUACACCACCUUGUGUGGCAGGGCCACGGGGAGAUCUGACACCCAAAGAGGACACUGAGAUCGCGGAAUCGGCAGUAGGGGGACCAACUCUGCCCGAGGAUGGACCAGAGCAGCUUAAACACACAUCAGCUGAUUCAGUGGAUGUCAUCAUCCAUAUCUUAGCGGCAGGGCACACACCUGCAGCUGUGCCUGUUGUCCCACUGCCUGAUGUUGAUGUGUAGUUGAGAAGCAAAUUACCUACGGAGUUCCACCUGCACGCAGAAGCUCUGCUCCUCUAUAUAGGGAAAAUGCCCACGACGAUUUCGUUUAACUCUUUGUUAAUUUUGGAUAACUUUUCAUUGUUAUA